CUUACACAGAAUUUUACUGGUUGAAGAUCUGCUUUUAGAUGAAGAGCAUCUCAGAGAGCAGAAACGGGUUUGAUAUCAACAUUUACAAACAUUUCUUUGGAACUUUGCUAUGAAUAUAACGCCUCAGUCAGUCAGUAGGUUCCUGUAUUCUCCUUCUCUGGUGUUCAGCUGAAUGUUGAACAGCCCCUGAAGCUGCCAUCUUUAGCAUGGAGGUAGAGUCAACAGGCACUGACCAGUCAGGACUGGGAGGAGCUUAAACAGGAGACUGAAGCAGCCCAGUUGUGGCUGUGAAGACGCUCUAUCUAACGCGCGAGUCUUUUAUCACGAAAUCUUUUUCGAUAAAGAAAUAAGAGCAGGAGAGCGCAACAAAGUGACAGGUAUGAAGGCAGACAGAUAGAUGAAAAGGACCCGCGUGUUGGCUCGCGACGCUUCGAGGGCGGUCCGUGCGGGCGAGAGGGCAGUGACGUCACAGCUCCGCUGUAUCGCUGGGCUUGAAGAUUGUGUGCGUUUUUUUUGCGUGUGUGUUUUCACGCUGUUUCUCUAAUCCGUGUGUCCGGUAUAUAUAUAUUUUUUUGCAGCAGCAGCAGGGACGUGAAAUUAGCUGUAAGAAGGACGUCCAAAAGGAGAGAUCAAAAAAAAAAAUUCACACCAGUGUGAUGGUGGUUCCUCAGUGUGAGACAGAUCCGAGCAUCUUUACUGUGAUCAGACAACACACUGACUGGAUCAUAAGACUGGAUCAUUCAUCUGUGCAGCUGGUCAUUAAAGAAGGAAGAGGACGUGUCAAAUACUAAGAGACUCAAAAUUCAUUGCUGAAGGUGAAGCAGACACCCGCCGGAGAACAUGUCCGUCAUAUUCAUGUCCAACAAGAGGAAAAUCUCCAGGCCUGAAAAAAAGCCUCAGCCAGCAGACCCAGCACUGAUAGACAAAGUCGUUGCAGUAUGUCAUGCUGUUCCAUCCAUGAACGAAGAGGCAAAUCCUCAGCAGAUAAAAAGAACAUAUGGAAGAAAAAAAUAUCAUAAUCUGCAGCCAGUCUCCAGGCUUCCUCCAGAAGAUGGAUCUCCGUGCGGGUCAGUGCUCCAUGCUAGCUCUGUGAACGGCUCUAAAACUCAACCGGUGGUUUGUGGUCCCGCAGCAACGUGCAGAACAAGGGACACCGUUGGCUCCAGUUUGGAGAUGAUGAGAGAGAGAGUUCCUGUCAUAGUUCCUGUAGCGCAGUACACUCAGAGGAGUCCGUCAGCUCACUGCAGUAAAAGCAGAAGGUCUGAGAUCUACUGCGUGAAGAAGGAGACACCUAGUUAUCCUCCAGGAAGUCAAGAGGAGACCUGGCAGCUGCAGAUCCUAGCAAAAGGCAGAGUAACUUGCCCCAAGUGUAAACGUGUGUGCAGGAAAACUGUGGAAGGUCUGAAAAAACACAUGGUGGCCUGCAAACUGCACGUGUUUAAAUGCACACACUGCGGGAAACAGCUAAAGACCUCGACUGGGAUGAAGUACCACCUCAUGGCUGACCACAACAAACUGCCCACGCCAGACGAUGGACGCGGACUGGACGACCACACGGCAAAAGAGAAACUGCGGAAGGUGUUAAAACGGCUGGGGAAAUUAAAAUGUUCCAAAGAGGGGUGCACCGGCAGCUUUACCAGCAUUAUGGGCUAUGUUUAUCACAUGAAGAAAUGCGGUAAAGACGAGUCGGAGCUGGAGAAGCUCCUGAUGAACUGCAAGCACUGUGGGAAGCCGUAUCGCUCCAGAGCGGGACUGGAGUACCAUCUCAGAUCCGAGCACGGCCCGGAACCCCAACAAUCUGACGCAAACGGUCAACUGGAAGCGAGUGCGGAGAGUGAGUCCAGUGGCCGAGCCAGGCGUACAUCAGCCCAGGUGGCUAUUUUUCACCUGCGUGAGAUCGCUAACCAGGAACUGUUCAAGGAGUGGCCCAAGAGGAAGGUGCAGCGAGACCUGGUUCCUGACGACAGGAAGCUCCGUUAUUCCCGUCCCGGAUUACCAGCCUUCAGCCAGGAGGUGUUGAGGAAGUGGAAGAAUGAAGUGAAACUGAACAGACGAAUGCAGUGUCCGAACAAGGGGUGUGGCUGCUACUACACCAGUGUGUCAGGUCUGAAGGCUCAUCUGGGACUCUGCACCCUGGGCAACUUUUACGCAGGGAAAUAUACUUGUCUGAUAUGUAAAAAGGAGUUUAAUUCGGAGAGCGGAGUGAAAUACCACAUCAACUCUGUUCAUUCCCAGGACUGGUUUGUGGUCACCUCCAAGUCCAAGAGUUUCACCUCCAGCAAAAAGCCCAAGCCAAAGAAGCGUUGCACACCAGCUCUGGUUUUAACUCCGACGUCCGCAGACGCUAGCACCAGUGAGUCGAUUUGUGUGGAAACGACAGAGAGGAAAGCACCAGAUGAGGAGAAGCGCAGGAAGUACAAACUGAGAGUGAAGCAGGAGAAAGCCUGCUGUGAUAGCCAGAGCAGUAGCAGUGGAAGCGAGAGCUCCAGCAGCGAGUCCGAAGCAGAGCUUCAGGAAGGAACUGAUGCCUGAAAGCUACACAAACCUGAGAAAGACCAGUAAACCCAUUCCACUCAUACAUUUUAUUUCUCUUAUUUCUCAAGCUUUUUGAAAUAUCAGCAGUUUUUAGGUGGGUUCAUAUUACUGACUAAGAGGUGCCAAUAUUUACAGUCAGAGCAAACACGGGAAUAAUAUCUGUGAGCUUGUGAACCUCUGUCUGUUUUCUGUGGACUUUUUGGUUAGAAACAAAAAACAGCUCCAGAGAGACGGCAGUGGACAUUGUGUGUGUGUGUGUGUGUGUGGUCAGUAUGUACAUGGAAUUAGUCACUAACAAGUCUGGGAGAACUGUGUGUUCAGGUGCUUCUGGGAAGUUGGUAUUUACGAGGCGGGAAGUCGUAAUUACGACGUGCAAGGUUUACAGCAAACUUAUCUAUCUAUCUAUCUAUCUAUCUAUCUAUCUAUCUAUCUAUCUAUCUAUCUAUCUAUAUAUAUAUAUAUAUAUAUAUAUAUAUAUAUAUAUAUAUAUAUAUACAUAUAUAUAAUAUAAAGCAGAGCAAAGAAAUUUUUGCCUUUUUAUAUUUUUUAUUUAAUGAAUUUAUGAAGCCAGGUAAACUUAAUUGUUAGAUAUUAUAUUGUAAUCGUACAGUGUGUAAUCCUGUUCUGUGCAGGGAGUUCACUUGAUUUAUUGUAAAGACAAAUUCUUCUUCUUCUCUCUUGGUCCUCUGAAUAUUUUUCUUCCUGACACACCUCCAACUCGGAAACUCUCAGCCCAAACGAAAUAACGACUUUUUGGUGUACGUAAAUACGAUCUAUCCGUUACGGCUUCCUCCUUUUAGCUCGGAUGUUCUGUACCUGCCGCAAGCAUGCCUUCCCCCUGACCUGGCACUUUUACACCUUUUAUAUAUGUCGAAUUUAAUUAAAAUGCUCAUCUUGGAUUUUAUUUUUUAAAAAACAAUGAUUUUUUACAGGGUUUUUCCAAAAGAAAAUAACAUAUAUAUACCGUACAUUGUCAAACGUUUUGGGACACCCCACCAAAUUCAGGUGUUGGGCUCGGCCUCUUGGUUCCAGUGAAAGGAACUCUUAAUGUUUCAGCUUCAUACCAAGACAUUUUGGACAAUUUCAUGCUCUUUGUGGGAACAGUUUGGGGAUGACCCCUUCCUGUUCCAACAUGACUGCACACCAGUACACAAAGCAAGGUCCAUAAAGACAUGGAUGAGUGAGUUUGGUGUGGAGGAACUUGACUGGCCUGCACAGGGUCCUGACCUCAACUCAAUAGAAGACCUUUGGGAUGAAUUAGAGCGGAGACUGCGAGCCAGGCCUUCUCGUCCAACAUCAGUGCCUGACCUCACAAAUGCACUUCUUCUAGAGAAGAAUGGUCAAAAAUUCCAUUAAACACACUCCUAAACCUUGUGGAAAGCCUUCCCAGAAGAGUUGAAGCUGUUAUAGCUGCAAAGGGCGGGACAACUCCAUAUUACAUUCAUGUGCAUGUAAAGGCAGACGUCCCAAAACUUUUGGCAAUACAGUGUAUAUUUUUCUCCAAAUAUUUCCCUUCUUUAUGUAUCUCCUGCACCGGUUCUCCAGAUUGAAUGCAAAGCUUUUAUUAGUUUGUAGAAGCCACUUCUGUUCCCAGCUGUUCCCCGUGUAAACCGCUGCAUGUAGCUGUCCAUGUGCAUACUCGACUAGCCGCUUCGUACCAGUGACCUUCCACCUUCAUGCUGUAUUAGCUUGGACGUGUGCUGUUAGGGCAUCUCCAGUCCAUCUUGUUCUAGUUCUAGUUCACAUCUCAGUGGACUGACCUCAGACUGAGGAACUUUAAUACUAUAUUGUAAAGGGGUUACUAGAGUUCACACAGGUCUAUGAUUUUAAGUGUAUAGACUUGAAUAUGAUUAUCAUCCGUCCAGAAGAAAUUUGUGUCCCGGUUCUGAUUUUUAAUACAUGAUCUUUUUUUGAAAUGUUAGACUGUAAGAUGUUCUUCAUAGACUUUGUUCAAGUGCUUUAUUAUUAACCCAACUCUAAUAAAUAAAAUGAAGGUUGUAUAGAA